AUGGCACCCAGCAAAAGACCUUCACUUGAGAUGACCGUGACCUCAAGUACACUCUUUGGUCUUCCUCUCGAGAUCCGCAUAAUGAUAUACACACAACUGUUGCACAGCACAGCAGAGAUCCUAAUACCCAGCAACCAGUUCAAGCGGCAAAGGAACUGCAAAGGAGUUGGCAUUUACAAGCACUGCGCACUCUGUGGACGAUCCUUCGGAGGAAUCGAAAGCUACAUGUCCCAUCAGUACUUAGGAUGCGGGCAGUCACCAAACCUCAUAAGAUGGCCAAAAGGUCCUGAGCAAGCCCCAAGUCUUUGGCCUGCACUUCUCAGGACGUGUCGGUUUAUUCACCGUGAAGCUGCACCAGUGCUCUACCGGUCCAAUACUUUCUGUUUCGAAGAUGCAGCUACGCCAAACUUCUUUCGCUGGUCUACAGAUCAAGCUCAAGCUCCCUUUAUCGAGAGGGUCCACGUUCUCAUGCCGUUCACGAGGCAUAGGAUACCGAAGAAAAGAGAAACAUACCACGGCAGAAAUCCUUGGUGGCAAUACUGCAUGGGAAACCCAUUCAGCCUGGCAACUGACUUCCCUCAUCUCAAGGGAAUCACCAUCACUUUGGGCCGAGGACUGGCUGUGGCUAGUUCACAGGAUGUUAGGACAAACUUCGAACUGUUCGCCAAACAUGUGUACAGGCUCAAUUGGCUCCAAGUGAUCGGACUGAACGAUCCAACACUGCUUAAGUAUCUCUACUCGGUUGUCGAAAGGGCAGAUGAGGACCAUGGUCGCAAAGGCAUGCAGACGGAGAUCACAGAGUACGAAGAGUGCAUUGGCUGGAAGAAUGCAAUCAUCUGGUGGGGCUUGCCAGGAGAAGAGGCCCCAUGCAAGCCUACGCCGUAUGCUGGAGAUCGACGGGUCAGAAACCGUCUGUUUCGCAUUGUAGAUGGGAAUGUGGUGUCAUACGCUGCCGGCCACUCUUUCUUGGAUCCUGGUGAAUGA